CGCACGAUGGUCAACCUCCUCCCGCUGCUGUCGCUCGCCGCCGUUGCCCUCGCGCAGGACUGCGCACCCCAAGAUGCCCAUGUGGCCUCGCUCCAGAAGGACUUGGCGACGCUCCAGGCCACCGAGGCGCAGCACAAGGCCGACCUCGUGACGGUGCAGACCAAGUUCGAGGAAGAAGCCGCGGCCGUCUCGGGCCUCCAGACGCAGCUGAACUCGGCUGUCAACGAACUUGCAGCCAUCACGUCGGAGAAGGACGAGCUUAUUGCGACCGUCGCUAAGCUGCAGGCAGCCGAUGUCUCGACGGAGCUCAAGGCCGAAGUCUCGACGUUGGUCCAGGACAAGCAGGCGCUCAGCGACAAGCUCAAGAAGCUGGAUGCGGAUAACGCUGCGCACCAGCGCCGCAUUGAAGGCCUCCAGGCGGAGCUUGCAGCCUCCAAGGACGCACUUACGCAAGUCAAGACGCUCCAGGCCAAGCUGACGACCGCGUCCAAGGAAAUCGAGUCGCUCCAGGAGACGCUCAAGCGCUCGGCGGAAGGUGGUCUCUCGCUUCCGGCCAUGAUCUCGACGUACUAUGACAACGCGGUGACGUUCACGACGCAGACGUACGAAGACUCGGACCGGUAUGUGUCGCUGGCGUCGUCCAAGGCGACCGAGCUCUACGCGAUUCACUUGGCGCCGUGGGCGGACGAGGCCGUCGCGCACUCGACCGUGGCGGCCAAGACGGUGCAGGACCUCUACACGACGCACGCGGCCGCGACGGUCGACCCGCUCCUUGACCAGCUCCACGCGACGGUGCAGCCGAUCUUGGACGUGCAGGUGCCGAUCGCCAAGCAGCGCUUGGCGCGCGCCCAGGACGAGGCCGUCGUGCUCGCGAAGCGCGGCCAGGACGUGUACAAGCGCUCGCGCAAGAAUGCGAUUGCGUUUUUCAAGUCGAACCCGCGCAUUGCGCCGUAUGCGACCAAGAUUGUCGACACGACGAUCGUCCUUCUGAGCAUCCCGAUCGCGAUCGCGCUGCUCCGCCUCGCCGUGUCGACGGUGUUUGUGGUCCUCUCGACGUUGCUGUACCUUGUCACGUGCUGCGGCUGCUGCGGCCUCGUCGGUCGCAAGCCCAAGACGACCCGCGAGGUCGCGACGCCCGUUGUGACGGCGCCGACCAAGGCCACCAAGCCCAUGGCCAAGGCGCAAACGAAUGACUCGGCGCCCAAGGCCAAGGCGCCCAAGACGCCCGAGCCCGUGACGCCGCCGUCGGCCAAGAAGAAGAAGGCCAAGAAGACGCAGUAAAUCCAAAUUGGAGCAACACGCUGGUAUUAUGAUAGACGAAACAUUUUUUCUGG